AUGCAAAGGAGUUGCAUUGAAUUGGAAUUGAUGAAUCGACGCCUGCCUUUAGGCAGCAAUGAGGAUUCUUCGAGGCUGAUCUUGUCAUUUUCUUCCGGUAUUCAUAGUAGAAAUCGUUUCUUCAAUAUCAGAUUAUUUCAUGGAAUCACCUUAAAAUUGUUGUUCACAUUAAUCGUUAUUGUUGUUGUGAUCGCAUUCACGUUGCCCACAUUCUCGGGUGUGCUCAAUGAAGAACUCUUCCCAAGUCAUGGAUCAAUUUCAUUCAGAGAGGCCAGUGAAUCGGAGGAGUGCUCAUGGUUGACAGGCAAUGAAAAUGAGCGAUUGAAAGAACUGAAACGUAUUUUGGCAUCUGUUCGUCGAGAUCUGCUGAGUGCGGCUCGCCAACUCGAAUCUGUUAAUCUUGAAUAUGAGUCUAUUUUGAAGCAACUCACCGAUAAAAGAAGUGAACUGAAAUCAAUUCAGUUGGAAAUAGAUGAGGCGAUAUUGCUUCAAAAAGAACUUCGUGAUCGGAAUAAUGUUCGGGUAUUCCUACCGUUAGCACCUCCAAUUCGUGACGCUUCACUUGAUUUGCGAACGUUCCCGAAAGGUUCCUCUCUUCAAACAGCAUUUGAUUUCAGUAGAUGCUCGAUAGCAGUUGCUUUUAAAGUGUACAUUUAUGACCUUCAAAUCACGAAGACGAAUCAUUCGGCAUUGGCUCGAGCCUUUGUCCAUGAAUUUGAGAAACGCUCAUCAGAAGUGACCAACAGCGCAACGAACGCGUGUCUCUUCGUUGGCAUCGUUGAUCAGCAUACCAAUUUUGCUUCAUUACCACAUUUUCAUACCCUUGGCAAUAAUCAUCUGCUGAUCAACGUUGGCUCUAAGCCACUCAAAAAUGUCUCGAAUGCAAUCGUCGUUUCGUCUGUAUUCUCUGAAUCGACUUUUCGGAAUGACUUCGAUAUUGCGUUACAUUUGAAUGUAUCCGAAUAUGAUCCGAACGAGUGGGAGCGCUUACCACAACUAUUACCAUACCUGAGAAAGUAUCUGCUGUCAUACUUGGGCAUUCCGCCGUCAGGCUUGUUCGAUCUACAUGAGCAGCUCAGUGCUAUCGUUCAGUCGACUCAAAGAUCUGGCGAUGAAGCGCUUUUCGAGUUGAAUUGUACAAGUAAUCAACAACCUCUCGCGUUGUGCUAUGAUGAAGAUUACAGAGGUGCAAUAUUAGAUGACUCGAUGUUUGUGUUGAUAUUCGAAUCAGAGUCGAUAUUCGAUUCGUCCAGUGAAUUUCAACAGAGAUUGAUCGAAGCACUGUGGCAUGGCUCGAUUCCGAUAAUAGUCUCCUUGAAUGCGAUAUUCCCAUUUGCGGAUUGUAUCGAUUGGCGUUUAGCGACCUAUCGCAUAGCACCGCAAAGAUUACCCGAAUUGCAUUUCAUCCUACGAUCAUUCAGUGCGGCUGAUGUGUUGGAGAUGCGCAGGAAAGGAAGAUUCCUCCUGGAAAACUAUUUAGCCAACACAAAAGUCGUAAUAUCUACACUUUUAACUGCUCAGCGUCAACGAAUCGGCAUACCAGCUUCAGAUCGUGUUGCAUCUCCGUCGAAGCCACUAUUCGGUUCGUCCUCGUUCGUAUCACCGCAUCUCACGACUCCAGGUCCACCGCACUUCGAAGAAGAAUAUCUCGGUCCUCGAGAGGCUCCGCAUAAUUCACCGUCGUAUACGCAUAAUUUUACUUCUCAACAAUUGUAUGCAAAUUAUCUGUGGAAUGAGUUCGGUGCAUCGAGUGGUGUCUCGUUGGAAUAUCUGACCGUUGAGCCACCGUUUCCAUCUCAGUUUGAAUUCUCGGAUGGAGCGAACUUUGGCUUUCGUCCGAUUCAUCCAGGUUCCGGAGUGGAAUUUUCAGCCGCAAUCGGUGGAAAUCGACCUCGUGAGCAGUUCACCGUACUGAUGUUAACCUAUCGUCGAGAUUCAGUUUUAUAUGCUUCGUUAGAACGACUCAACAAUUUGCCGUACUUGAACAAGGUAAUCGUUGUAUGGAAUAAUCCGGAUGAACCGCAGUCUGAUCGUGCGUGGCCUCGUCUGCAUGUACCUGUUCAUUUCAUCAAAGCUGAGCGCAAUUCACUGAAUAAUCGUUUCAUUCCAUACGAUCAAAUUGAAACAGAAGCGGUGCUCUCAUUGGAUGAUGAUAUCGAUUUGAAACAACAUGAAAUCAUAUUCGCUUUCAGAGUAUGGCGUGAACAGCGUUCAAAAGUGGUCGGCUUUCCAGCCCGACACCAUGCGCGCUAUGAACUUAGCAGUCAGAUGAUAUUGCAGGCGUACAUGUAUUUGUACACAUAUCGUCUACCGGCAGUGAUACGUUCCAAGGUGGACGAACUGAUGAACUGUGAGGAUCUCGCUAUGAAUUUUCUGGUUGCACACAUCACCAGACAACCGCCUCUGAAAACAACCAGCAAAUGGACGUUGAGAUGUCCAACAUGCAGUGAAAUGUUGUCGCAAGAUUCGUCGCAUUUCCAGGAACGACACGAGUGUAUUCGUUUCUUCUCUAAGGUGUUCGGUUACAAUCCGUUAUUAUUCUCCCAAUUUCGUGUUGAUUCAGUUCUGUUCAAGACGCGAUUGCCACCGAAUCAUCAAAAAUGCUUCAGAUACGUCUGA